AUGUGUGGUCCAAGCGAAGGCCAAUCCCGCAGCCAUGAGAGGAGGAGUGGCACAGACGACGACGGCGACUUUCCCUGGGACUUGGGGGUGUGCGAUGCCCAUUGUCACCCAACCGACACCAUGACCUCCAUUGAGAGUAUCAGCAGCAUGCGCGCACGUGUCUUGACAGCCAUGUCCACUCGCUCGCAAGAUCAAGGACUCGUGGCAUCGGUUGCCGCCGAGCAUGGCAUCAGAGACCGCUCCGCGCUAGUGUCAGACUGUCAAGAGGCGCCACGCAAAAUCGUGCCGGCCUUUGGCUGGCACCCAUGGUUCUCACACCAGCUGUUCGAUGACACGGCGGGGAAUGGCGGCAACAGUACCUAUGACCCGUCGAGCUCAUCGUUGGCCGAGCAAAAAGCCAAGCACUACGAGGCCGUGUUGUCUUCCUCCCCAGAUGCCAAGUUCGUCGCUUCUCUCCCGGACCCAAAACCUUUGAGCGGCUUCUUGGCCGAAACGAGGCAGCGGUUGGAGGAGAACCCGCUGGCUUUGAUCGGUGAGGUGGGUUUGGAUAAAGCCUUCCGUUUGCCGUCUGCUUGGAAGGAGGAUGAGCAACAGGAACGGGACGAGGGGCUUACUCCGGGCGGGAGAGAAGGCCGCCUCCUGAGCCCAUACCACGUCAAGAUGCCACACCAGACCCAGAUUCUCACAGCUCAACUGCGACUUGCUGGCGAGUUGGGUCGUGCUGCUAGCGUUCAUGGAGUCCAGGCUCACGGAGUUCUCUUCGACGCCAUCUCGGCACUUUGGAAAGGUCAUGAGAAAGAGGUCGUGUCUCGUCGGAAACAGAAAAUGGUGGCCAAGGGCGCCGAGGACUUUUCAUCGUCGAGCGAAGAAGAGGAGGACGAAGACGACAUUUGGGCAGAGAUCAAUGGUCAAGCGCCAGCCGUCAAGCCGAGGCAGAAAAAGUACAAACCGAAGCCGUUCCCUCCGCGGAUAUGUUUGCAUUCUUUCAGCGGGUCGGCCCAAGUGAUGAAACAAUAUCUUCAUCCGGCGGUGCCCGCGACAAUGUACUUUUCGUUUUCGACUGUCAUCAAUCUUGCCACGGCAGGCGGCAAGGACAAGUUUCCUGAGCUGGUCAAGACCUGCCCCGAUGACAGGAUUCUCGUCGAAAGCGACUUGCACACGGCUGGUGAGGAUAUGGACUACUACCUCGAGGACAUUUGCAGAAAGAUCUGUGAGAUCAAAAAAUGGACGCUGCAGGAGGGCAUCGAGAAGCUGAGGAAUAACUAUGAAGAGUUGAACCCCCAACCUCGGUGCCGUGAUGCCGAGCUCCUGCUCUCGGUCGACUGGCCCGACGACAAAAUCCCAUGA